ACAAACUUUUUGACAUUGACGUUUCACAUUUUGAAAUUUUGAGAGAGGUUAGAAUUAAUAGUCGCUUACAAUCCGAAAUAAAUGUUUUCUCAGAGUUUUUUAGUAUUAAAAUGUCAUCAGCUUUAGUACGACAAGCGCUCGCAUUGGUUGAAGGAGAAGAGAAUAGUGGACAGAAACAACGUAAAGGAAAGAAAAAGAAGACGCAACCUCAGGAAUUGGACAUAGUUCGAGACUUGAAUCAUCCAUACAGACGUACAAAUAAAAAGACACAAAAAGAAACGAAAAAGUCGGAAAAGGAAAUCGAAGAAGAUAAUAUCAAAAAGCUCUUGGCUUUAUCAAAGCCUACUGCAAACAGUGCUGUUGCUAAAAAAAUUGUAGAGAGAGCUGUUAAACGUAAGCCAUUAUUGGACAAGAUUAAAGUGAAAAAAGACGAUCACAAAUCAAUUCUAUUCCCGGGAGAAUCUUACGAGACAUUUGAAGAGGAAUAUUUCUGCAGCUAAUUUAUCAAAGUGUAACGGUGUGUUGUGGCAAUGCAUAUAUGGACGUACCAGAUGCGGUGUUAGGCAAGUUCACCCUACUGUGUACGGUUACCAUUUUUGUAGUUCUCGUGUUCUGGGUUAAUACCUAUCCUUUUAUAGAUAAAGAUUUAUCAAUAUACGAAUACAUUCCGGAUCCAAAGUGGGCGUUAUUGGGCUGCGCUGUUUGGGGUUUUUUAUUCAUCGGUGGUCUAAUGUCCUUCACUCUCUACCACAUAUACCCUUACUUAUAACUCGCUACAAGAUGACCAAUGUAUCCGACAAGUGGGUUGUCAUCGGAGUCUCCGGAGUCACAUGUGGAGGGAAGACGACUUUAGCGAAUCAAUUGAAAGAUAGAUUAACUCCGGUGUACGUUUUCCAUCAAGAUAAAUAUUUCUACCCGGACGAUAGUCCUCACCAUGUGAAGUGCGAAGGCUUGGAACAUAAUAAUUAUGAUAUACUAUCCUCCUUGGAUAUGGAAAAGAUGUACAAAGAUAUAGUGAGCACUAUGGAGGGACAGGAUUGUUCACACAACUCAUGUAAAGAGAGAGAAGAGGGCAGAUUGGAGUUGAAAGGAAAGAGUUUUUUGAUAGUGGAAGGUUUUACAGUGUUGAAUUAUGCACCUAUCAUGAAUAUUUGUAAUUUAAGGUACUACUUUGUGUUGGAGUACGCGGAGUGCCAGGUGCGGCGCUCACACCGGCUGUACGAGCCCCCGGACGUGGCCGGGUACUUCGACACCUGCGUCUGGCCCGAGCACCUCCGAUACCGCGCUCAGAUAGAGAAGGACAGACGUGUCACAAUACUGGACGGCACGCGACAGGACGCGCUGCAGCAGGUCAUGGCACACCUGCACAACAUGGGGGCCACCGCACUGACACAUGCCACAUGACACCCCCACGCCACAAGUGACAACAACAUCGUCAAUGACACCACUAGAGCUUCUUUGGAUUAUUAUUAGUGUUAACUUUUUCGCAGUAAAUAUUGGAGAUUUUUUAUGAAAAUGUAUAUUUACUUUAUGUAAAACAAAAUGUUAACAUAUUUUUGCGUGUCAACUUAUAAUUAAGUAUUAUUUUAUAAAAUAUGAAAAUGACAACUUCGAAUAGUUUCAAUCGUCAUGUUAUUUAUGAACAGAGAAUAUUGUUACACAGAGCCUUAUCAAUUUGCCUUACGAAUUUAUAAUGUUUCGUUAUUAUUCACAUUUACACGAUUUAAUAUAAAAGUGUAUCACAAUCGACAAUGUAGUGCACAGAUUUAAACACAUAUAUCAAAUGUUUGCUUCAUAAAGUUUAUAAAUAUAAUUCUGCUGAUACAAUGUUGCUCAUUUUCCUGCUUGUGCAUAUAAAAUGUAUCAAUAAACUUAAACUAUUAACUAUGCAA